CCUGCGCAGAGCGCCAUGUCUAACGGUCUCUCUCUAUCCCGCCUCAGUCUGAUGUGUGAGAAGAGGAUCUUUGAGACGGUGAACAGCGUCCGCCACCCGUUCCUGGUCAACCUGUUCGCCUGCUUCCAGACGUCGGAACAUGUGUGCUUCGUCAUGGAGUACGCGGCGGGAGGCGACCUGAUGAUGCACAUCCACGCCGACGUGUUCUCCGAGCCCCGCGCCGUGUUUUAUGCCGCUUGUGUUGUUUUGGGAUUACAGUUUUUACACGACAACAAGAUUGUGUACAGGGAUCUGAAGCUGGACAAUCUGCUCCUGGACACGGAGGGAUACGUCAAGAUCGCUGACUUCGGCCUCUGCAAAGAAGGAAUGGGUUUCAGGGAUCGCACCAGCACGUUCUGCGGCACGCCUGAGUUCCUGGCGCCAGAGGUUUUAACGGAGACGUCGUACACCCGCGCCGUGGACUGGUGGGGGCUGGGCGUCCUCAUCUUUGAGAUGCUGGUUGGGGAGUCGCCGUUUCCCGGCGACGACGAGGAGGAAGUGUUUGACAGCAUCGUCAACGACGAAGUUCGCUACCCGCGCUUCCUUUCCACUGAGGCCAUCUCCAUCAUGAGGAGGCUGCUGAGGAGGAGCCCGGAGCGCCGCCUGGGAGCAGGAGAGAGAGACGCAGACGAAGUGAAGAAACAUCUAUUCUUCAGGAACGUGGACUGGGAGGGGCUGCUGGCCAAGAAGGUGAAGCCGCCGUUCGUGCCGACCAUCCAGGGCGCCAACGACGUCAGCAACUUCGAUGACGAAUUUACCUCAGAGGCUCCGAUUUUAACCCCCCCCAGAGAACCUCGACACCUGAGCUCAGAGGAGCAGAACCUGUUUUCUGACUUUGACUACAUCGCUGACUGGUGUUAGCUCCGCCCAUCGUCAUCAGAGACUCACUGUGAACCGAGCAGCCCGGCGGUGACGGUUUCCUGCCCGACAUGAUGAGAGAACGAAGCUCAUUGGUCCCUGAGCCUCCAAACUGUGCCAUUGACCACGUCAUCUACUCGGACCUGUUGCUUUUUUAAUCUGUGAGAUCUUUUUAAAAAAAUCUAAAAGAAUGUGGUUGGAUGGAAGCUUCCUGCACAGAUCGUUGCCGUGUCCGUUGACUGACCACUGAGAAUGUUUUACAAAUAGACUGAGAAGGCGGCUCCAGUACAAUCACAAUAUGCAGUGUGGCUGUCUUUUUUAUUUUUAUCCUGUACAGAUAUUCAGUCACAUAUUUGAUGUUCUAUUUUAUGUAAAGCCCUUAGCAUGGAUCAUAUCUGAAUCUGGUGUCGAGUGUUACCUUCUUCUCCGGUCGGUUCGGCUACAGCAGACAUCUUGACUACUACGGCUGCUUCCUCACUUGAAAAACGAAGAAAUAUGCGAGCCCGUUCAAAACAUUUCCCCCCGAAACCUCCAUGUAUGGGGAGAAAUUUGUUCCAAUAUUGUUAGAAGCAAAAAAAAAAAAAAACAGUUUUGGUUAAAACGUUUUAGUUGAAUGUUAUAGAUUUUAUUUCCCCCUCCAAAAAAUCUUUUUUAGUUUUUCUUUCAAGGAGAUUUAAAUCUUAUUUUUUCUUAUCUUGUGUUUCAUAGACCAAUAGAGCAGAGCAGACUCAUUCCUAUUGGUCCACACAGAUCAACCAGAAACCGUAGAGUCCAACCAAACCUUCCCCUCCAAAAAGAAACAAAAAACUAUAACGUUAAUCCAGCUUCUAAAUUACUCAAAAUUGUUUCUUCAAAUUUCCAUUAAUGACAUUUUCUUUCGAUAAUAUUGAAUCAAAUUUCUCUUUUCUCCAAAAACGCUUUGGAGGAAAGCGUUGAACUCUGCAGCCACUAGAGGGCAGCACAGUUCAAUUAAAAGUUUGGUUUCUAUAAUUCCUAAUGAUACCUCAGUGCGCACCAAACCUGCGCAUUUACACUUUUAUCAAACGAAGAAAUAUGCGAGCCCGUUCAAAACACUUCCCUUAGAAACCUCCAUGUAUGGGGAGAAAUUUGUUCCAAAAUUGUUAGAAGCAUAAAAAAAAAGUUUUGGUUAAAACGUUUUACAGUUGAAUUUUAGUGAUUUUAUUUCCCCCUCCAAAAAAUCUUUUUUAGUUUUUCUUUCAGGGAGAUUUGAAUCUUUUUUUUUAAUUCUUCACCCAUUACAUUUCUGGGUGUUUCAUGGACCAAUAGAGCAGAGCAGACUCAUUCCUAUUGGUCCACACAGAUCAACCAGAAACCGUAGAGCCCAACCAAACCUUCCCCUCCAAAAAGAAAC